AAAUCAAACACUUCACACCAAAUAGAAAAGAAACCAAACAAUUAUCCAAAGCCAAUCUCUCUUUCUCUUACUCUCCGUGAAAAUGGCACCCCAAUCUUCAAUCCAGUUCAUAGAAGCAGCGCUAUGGUGCAAAGGCCCUUUUGAGCUAUCCUACACAGACCCUGACCAGAAAUGGGACAUAAGGAAAGACAUGCUCUCCCUCCUUCAAGACUUCCCUAACCUCAGACCUUCGAUGGACACCUACAUCCACAACGAUGGCACAAUUGCGAACCUCCUCAAUGCCUACGGCACCAUCCAUGUCUCCAACUCUUCUCCCCAAGUCCCGCUCACCAUUUGGCUCCACGAGAACUACCCUUAUGCGGCCCCGAUCGUGUUCGUGGGCCUGCCAGGCGUGGUCCCUUCCCCUGCGAUCCACCGCGACCACCCCUUCGUCGACCCCUCGGGGCUCACCGCUACGCCGUACAUCCAGACCUGGCAAUUCCCUAGGUGUAACCUCAAGGACCUUGUCCACAACGUUGCCAAGCUAUUCUCUCUUGACCACCCGUUCUCCUGUUCGCCCAUGUCCAGCCCCUCCACCCACCCUUCCGAUGCCUCGAAGAAGGAGGCGCUCGAUCGCCUUGCGGGGAUGCUUCACUACGACACCAUGGCCUUGAGGUCUGAGGCCGACGAGGAGAUCGAGGAGCUACUGGCCUUGCAACGGGAAAUGGACCGGCGGGUCGCAAUCGUGACGGGUAUAGUCCAAGGGCUGGAGCGCGAGAGGCGGGAAUUGAGGGAUAGGGCGGGGCGGUUGGCUGAGGAAGCCGAUGUCUUGAUCAACUGGCUCAAAGUCCACGACCCGAAACGGGCCGCGGCCACGGGGGAUGAGGGUAUAGAUGACGUGUUUGAAGGAGCUGACGAGGAGUCCAAGUCAACGCUCCAUUGCUUGGCUGCGGAUAAGUGCAUAGAGGACACAAUUUAUGCAUUGGAUGAGGCAGUAGCUGAAGGGGUUGUGAAUGUUGAGGCUUACGUUAGGCAAGUGAGGAAUUUGGCAAGAGAACAGUUUCACCACAGAGCCGUGGUAGUUAAUUUUGAGACAUCCCAGCAACUUUGAUGGGACCUCGUAUAAGAAUCUCUCUGGUAAUUUCUUGCUUCUCGGUUUAGUGUGUAUAUAUUUCACUUUUGGAACGAGUCAACGGCCAUGUUUGCCUUCAAUUCCGUUUCAGACUCCUAGUCAACUUAAGUGCUCUCCUAUGUUGUUUUUGAAAAAAAAAAAAAAUUGCUAUAAGUGGGACUCAUUCAUCAAAA